AUCACUUUCCCAAGCGUCUUUGUGAUGUAAAAGUAAACAACAUGGAUGGAAGGACGAAGAACAUGAAUGACUGGAAAGAAAUAGCACAUGUCAUCACGGAACCUUCCGAAAACGUAUUAGAAGAGCUCAAAUUUAUCAAACCCACACCAGUUCAAGCAGCAUGUAUUCCGCUUCUCUUGAAUUACAAAGAUGUCGCAGCAGAGGCUGUAACGGGAAGUGGAAAAACUAUCGCGUUUCUAAUCCCAGUUUUUGAGCUUCUCAUUAAACGCGAGUCACCAUGGAAAACGAACGAAAUCGGAGCAGUCAUCGUGAGUCCGACAAGAGAGCUUGCACAGCAGAUAUUCGCUGUAACUCAAGUGUUUCUUAAGCAUUUUUCUACAUUGACAGCAUCUCUUUAUAUUGGUGGAAAAUUAUCAAAAAAGGAUUGUCAUGAUUUAGGAUUUGGAAAUAUUGUUAUUGGAACUCCUGGUCGACUAGAGGCAAUGCUUGAAAGGAAGGAUGGCUCUACAGGCCCUGAGAUGGCACGCUGUGUGAAGUCGCUAGAGAUACUGGUGCUGGAUGAGGCAGACCGCCUCCUUGAUAUGGGCUUUGAGGCCAGCAUCAACACAAUACUCAGUUUUAUUCCAAAGCAAAGAAGGACGGGUCUAUUUUCUGCGACACAAACAGAUGAAGUUGAGAAGCUGAUUCGAGCUGGCUUAAGAAAUCCAGUCAGGGUGACUAUCAAAGAGAAGUCAAACAUCAAACAUGAAAAUCCAGAAUCCAAUACUAUUCAGAAAACCCCUGCAACCUUGAAUAACUAUUACAUGAUAGUGAAACCAGAAGAGAAGUUGAACCAACUUGUCCAGUUCAUACAGACUUACAGAAAACAGAAAAUCAUGCUGUUUGUGGGCACUUGUGCCUCUGUUGACUAUUUUUCAAAGAUUUUACCAGGACUGGUUAAAACGCAGGUUUACUGUAUCCAUGGAAAAAUGAAAAACCGUCAAAAGGUUGUGUCAAGGUUUACAUCUCAGGGCGGAGGGGUUAUGGUUUGUACCGAUGUGAUGGCACGUGGGAUAGACAUUGCUGGUAUUCACUGGGUCAUACAGCUUGAUCCACCCACAUCAGCAACAGUGUUUGUGCAUAGAUGUGGUCGCACAGCGAGGAUGGGGCACGCUGGCAGUGCUGUUGUGUUCCUGUUGCCCCAUGAGGAGACCUUUGUUCAGUUCAUUGAGGUUGUCCAGAAAGUGCCUCUACACAGAAUGGAGCCUUUAACAGUGGAUGGAGGCAGUGUUCAGAAAGUUCAGACAAUGGCCCUCAAUGACCGGGCAGUCUUUGAGAAGGGAAUGCGAGCAUUUGUCAGUUUUGUGCAGGCAUACGCCAAGCAUGAGAUCAGUCACAUAUUCAAGUUGAAGACCCUUGACUUUGGAGCCCUGGCUACCGGGUUCGGGUUAAUCAAGUUUCCUAAGAUGCCGGAAACCAAAGGACUGUCCCUAAGCAACUUUUACGAGGUUCCAAUCGAAGUUUCAGAAAUAAAAUAUGUAGACAAAGCUAUGGAAAAACGACGACAAGAGCAAUUACAAACUGAGGUCUCAAAUCAUGCACACAGGAAACAGAAAGCAACCAAAGCCUGGUCGGAGAACAAGGAACACAAAGACAGGAAAAGGAAGCGAAAGGAGAUUAAAGACAUGAAAAGAAAGCAAAUAAGGCGAGAAGACAUUACUGAAGACGAUAUUCAGGCAAUAGACGAAGAUUUUAAAAUGAUUAAGAAACUUAAACAGAAAAAGAUCUCACAGGAGGACUUCGACAGGGAGUUCAUUUCCUCAGAUGAAGAAGAGACAAAGACUGAAAAAAAUUGCCAUCAUUAAUUAAGCACUGCUGGUAGAUCAAAUGAGGAAGGGUGUGACAUGUAUCAAACACGCUCUGGGCCAAUAUUCAACAUUGUCUCAAGACAAACAUGACUUAACACGAAGAACAAGACUUAUCAAGAGAGACUCAAAAACUAACACUUUUAAGACUAAGAACAGGGCUAUAUGGGACUUACAAAGUCUUAGACCAAUAAUGGCUAAAAGCAAAGAAUAUUUCAACUUUUUGUUAGAAUGAUAUUGCAUGAAACUCCCUGUGCUCCUUGAAUACUUGUUUUUGAGGAGAUUUAUAAUUAUAGAAUGAUUUAUUGAUGAUGUUAGCAAGAUUUUAGAAACCUGGUGUAUUGUUAGCUCACCAGUGCAAAGCAAACAGUGACCUUAAAAGAGUAUUUUUCCCCUGAUGCGUUGUGUCUGUCGUGUGUUAACUUUUCAUUUUAACAAUAUACAUCUUAAACGACUUGUUAGAUUUUAUCAAAACUUAAAGUAACGUUAAUAUCAAAAAUCAAUGCAUAUUUCACAAAAUAUUUUUUAAAUAAAGUUUACCCAUAAAAA